GUACUUAUAUUUGCAAUUAAAAAAAAAAAUAGAAAAAAAAACAUGACCCUAAUAAAAUUGACAGCAUUGGUCAUUGGAUAUGUAAUUUGAACCGAAAUGCGACUCUAUAACAGUAUAUAUUAUUACUUGUGACUUGUGUAUUGCUAAUUAUCUUCUUAAUGAAGCAAACAAUGGUGCCAAUGUUACUGCAUUUUCUUUCGGUAUUGCUUGGUGUCCUUACUAUUUUGGUUUUGAUACAAGCUCAAGAUCAAUCAGGAUUUAUUAGCUUAGAUUGUGGUCUACCAGAAAAUUCAACCUAUUCUGAGAAGCUUACAGGCAUAAAUUACAUAUCUGAUUCCAAAUUCAUAGAUACUGGUGUAAGUAAGAGGGUACAAGGCAAUAUAACCGGUAAACAGCAACUAGAUUAUGUGAGAAGCUUUCCUAACGGAGUGAAAAAUUGUUACAGAAUAAAUGUAACAAAUGGUACUAAAUAUUUAAUCAGAGCUUCUUUCUAUUAUGGUAACUAUGAUGAUUUAAAUGAUCCACCACAAUUUGAUCUUACUUUUGGAGCUAAUGUUUGGGAUACGGUGAAGUUCACCAAUAUAUCACUCACCACAGUAAGGGAGAUCAUUUACACUCCAUCAAAAGAUUACAUACAAACAUGUCUUGUUAACACUGGCAAAGGGACUCCAUUCAUUUCAGCUAUAGAAUUGAGGCCUUUGAACAAGCAAGCUUAUGUUUCAUACUCAGAUAAAUCAGUAUUAUCGGUCUUCUUUCGAUUUGAUGUAGGCUCCGUCACAAACUUAGAAUACAGGUACAAAGAUGAUGUUUAUGACCGCAUUUGGCGACCUUUUCCGUGGAACGAGAUGAAACAAUUAAGCACCGACGAUGAUCUAUUAUUUCAGAACAUUUAUAACCCACCAACAAUUGUUAUGAGCACCGCAGUUACACCAGUAAACGACAGUGCCCCUGUAAAAUUUAGUUUUGAUGCAGAAAAUGUAAAUGAGCAAUUCUACACAUAUUUGCACUUUAAUGAGGUUGAGAAGCUAGCAGAAAAUGAAACUAGAGCAUUCAACAUCACAGUGAAUGGAGAGCUUUUGGCUGAACUUGAAGUACCUAUAUACCAGUCAGCAGAUACCAGAUAUACUCCAACACCUUUGACUGGAGCCACAAAAUAUAUAUUUACCCUGUCUAAGACUGAGAGUUCAACCCUUCCACCUAUCCUCAAUGGCGUCGAGGUUUAUAAAGUAACAAAUUUCUCACAAUCUGAAACUCAACAGGAUGAUGUUGAUACAAUCACAAACAUCAAGAAUGCUUAUGGGGUGGCUAGAAAUUGGCAAGGAGAUCCAUGUGGUCCUGUCAAGUUUAUAUGGGAAGGCCUAAACUGUAGUAUUGAUGAUGGCAAUAACCCUCCAAGAAUCACAUCUUUGAAUUUGUCUUCAAGUGGAUUGACAGGGGAGAUAGCAUCUUCCAUAUCAAACCUCACUAUGUUACAAUACUUGGAUUUAUCAAAUAAUAGAUUAGAAGGUCCUUUACCAGUUUUUCUGACGCAACUGCAAUCACUAAAAGUCUUAAACGUGGGGAAGAACAAACUUACAGGGUUGGUUUCAAAUGAACUCCUUGAGAGAUCAAAAACAGGUUUACUAUCACUAAGUGUGGAAGAUAACCCUGGUCUUUGUACACCAGAAUCAUGCAAAAAGAAGAAGAAGAAUUUAUCUGGACCACUUAUUGCAUCAUUUUCAGCAUUAAUUGUAAUCCUCUUGAUUUCACUUGUAGUUUGGAGAUUCAGAAGACAAAUUGGUACAUCUUCAAAUUUUAAGAAACAGGGUUCCAUGAAAUCAAAACAUCAAGCAUUCAGUUACACUGAAAUUCUCAAUAUUACUGAUAACUUCAAAACUAUUAUUGGUGAAGGAGGAUUUGGAAAAGUUUACUUUGGCACUCUACAAGAUCAAACUCGAGUCGCUGUUAAGAGGCUUUCACCAACAUCAGUGCAAGGUUAUAAAGAAUUUCAAUCAGAGGCACAACUUCUAACGAUUGUUCAUCAUAGAAAUUUGGUAUCCCUCAUUGGAUAUUGUGAUGGAGGUAACAUCAAAGCAUUGGUUUAUGAAUACAUGGCCAAUGGAAAUCUCCAACAACUCUUAUUAGUGAAAAAUUCAAAAAUCUUAAAAUGGAAUGAGAGACUUAACAUUGCAGUUGAUGCAUCACACGGACUGGAUUAUCUGCAUAAUGGAUGUAAACCACCUAUUAUGCAUAGAGAUUUGAAGCCUUCCAACAUAUUACUGGAUGAAAACAUGCAUGCCAAGAUUGCCGAUUUUGGUCUAAGUAGAGCUUUUGGUAGUGAUAUUGACUCUCAUAUAUCAACGCGUCUUGCUGGUACAUUUGGUUACAUUGAUCCUGAAUGUCAAAGAACAGGAAGCACAAAUAAAACAAACGAUAUCUUUAGCUUUGGAAUAAUUCUAUUUGUGUUGAUUACCGGUCGUCAAGCAAUAGUAAGAAAGGGCGAACAAAGCAUUCACAUACUUGAAUGGGUUACUACUCUAAUCAGAACAGGUGAUAUUCAAAAUUUUAUUGAUCCAAAGUUGAAGGGUGAAUUCAACAUCAAUUCUGCAUGGAAAAUUGUUGAGAUAGCAAUGUUAUGCACUUCAAGAAAUGUUGCUGAAAGGCCAGACAUUAGAAAAAUAUUGGCAGAGCUAAAUGAAUGUCUAUCUUUGGAGAUAGGUCAGAGAAAUAAUGGAAGAGAAAGAGUUAUAGUUGAAUCUAUUUCUUUAAAUGAUCUAACACAAACAGCUCCCUUUGCUAGGUAACCAUAAUAGGAUGAUCUCUUCGUUAUAUGAUCAAUGUCAUUUUGAAUGUCUUAUAGUCUUAGUAUAGUAGUCCUGGUUUGAAUGAAAUGUAAUAUAGUAUAUAUUAUUUUGUAUUUCGAAAGUUUUCUGGUUCUAGGAACUAAAAGAGAGUUGUGUGCCAACUACUAUAAUAUGAGUGAUGCUUAAUUAAAAGCACGUUUUCACUCCUAAGCAAUUAGGAUUAUUUAUGUGCACAUUUUCCGCCGAUUGUCUCGUUGAUUUGGUGAAACUUUUAUCUUGAAAAUGAGUUUUAAGUAAAAAACCUGGCACCCCUUAUUCCUUUUAUGAGUGGGGUAUGCAACCUAUUUGUUGUCGGUACUGAUAGAGUUUGGUGGGGCGUGGAGCUAGUUCUUCUGAGGUUUGGUUGGUUGGCGGCGUCUUGUGUGUGUUGUAUUUCUUUGUAGUUGAUCCUUGUCAACCUCUCCGAGGGAGAGAUUGCACACUUUAUAAGUGAGAGGACCCAUAAAUCUAAUGUCUUAAGGUUUUUGGUUAGAGUGUGGUAUCCAACUCACAAACUCAAUGUGCAUGAUCCAUCGGUUGCCCUCUCGUGAUCCAACAGUGGUAUUAGAGUCGAUGGUUCGACAAAGGGUUCGACCGGCUCCUUGUAUCGAAAGUUUUUCUAACAAAGGUGGUCAGACGGCGGAUCCCAUUGAGCACAGCAACGACCGUACAAGUUCAAUUAUGUGUGCAUUUGGCUUUGCAUGUGUGUGUUUUCUAGAUAGUUGUAUGUUGAAUGUUCUUCUGAUUCCUCUUAUUUUCUAUUUUGUUCUUGUACUGUUUCUGUAUUUUUUAAUAUUGUUUUUUCCUCCAUUAAUAAAACUUUUAAGUGGUCGUUAAAGGUAGCUCAUAUGGUAGUUACUAUAACGACAUUAUUGAAA